CUUGCACCUCCCGGGGCGGCCGCCAGGGGCCGCCGGGCUCUUUGUUUUCCUUUCUGGCCCGGGUCGGGGCUGGAGGCCUGCAGAGCGCAUGCUCUGGGGCAGUUCGCGGCCGGUCAGGCGAGCGGAGGAGUUCCUUCUGGCGGACCUGCAGAGGACAAGAAGAUGCCACCCAAGCGAAUAGCUAAAAGAAGGUCACCCCCAGAAGAUGCUCUCUCCAAAAGCAAGAAGGUGAAAGACUCUCGUAACCAGGCAGUGAGGGCCGUUGCCUCCCGCCACGUUCCAGGCGCCCGCUCCUUCCGAGGUCCCUAUGGGCCGAGCCCUCCUGACCAGAAAACCCGACCAGUCUCACAUAGGUCCCACAGCACAGAACCAGGCUUGGUGCUGACACUGGGCCAGGGUGACGUGGGCCAGCUGGGGCUGGGAGAGAAUGUGCUGGAGAGGAAGAAGCCAGCCCUGGUGCCCAUUCCGGAAGACAUUGUGCAGGCCGAGGCUGGGGGCAUGCAUACCGUGUGUCUAAGCAAAAGUGGCCAGGUCUACUCUUUUGGCUGCAAUGAUGAGGGUGCCCUGGGAAGGGACACAUCAGUGGAAGGCUCAGAGAUGGUCCCCGGGAAAGUGGAACUGCAAGAGAAUGUGGUACAGGUGUCAGCUGGAGACAGUCACACAGCGGCCCUCACCGAGGAUGGCCGUGUCUUCCUCUGGGGCUCCUUUCGGGACAAUAAUGGUGUGAUCGGGCUUUUGGAGCCUAUGAAGAAGAGCAUGGUACCUGUGCAAGUGCAGUUGAGUAUGCCUGUGGUGAAGGUGGCCUCAGGAAACGACCACUUGGUGAUGCUGACAGCUGAUGGUGACCUCUACACUUUGGGUUGCGGGGAGCAGGGCCAGCUGGGCCGUGUGCCUGAAUUAUUUGCCAAUCGUGGUGGCCGGCAGGGCCUUGAACGACUCCUGGUCCCCAAGAGUGUGAUGCUUAAAUCCAGAGGAAGCCGGGGCCACGUGAGAUUCCAGGAUGCCUUCUGUGGCGCCUACUUCACCUUUGCCAUCUCCCUCGAGGGCCAUGUAUAUGGCUUUGGCCUUUCCAACUACCAUCAGCUUGGAACCCCAGGCACAGAAUCUUGCUUCGUGCCCCAGAACCUGACAUCCUUCAAGAACUCCACCAAGUCCUGGGUUGGCUUCUCUGGUGGCCAGCACCAUACAGUCUGCAUGGAUUCCGAAGGGAAAGCAUACAGCCUGGGCCGAGCUGAGUAUGGGCGGCUGGGCCUUGGGGAGGGUGCCGAGGAGAAGAGCAUACCCACCCUGAUCUCCAGGCUGCCUGCUGUCUCCUCAGUGGCUUGUGGGGCCUCUGUGGGGUAUGCUGUGACCAAGGAUGGUCGUGUUUUUGCCUGGGGUAUGGGCACCAACUACCAGCUGGGCACGGGGCAGGAGGAGGAUGCCUGGAGCCCUGUGGAGAUGACAGGCAAACAGCUGGAGAACCGUGUGGUCUUAUCUGUAUCCAGUGGAGGCCAACACACAGUCUUACUAGUCAAGGACAAGGAACAGAGCUGAUGAAGUCUCCGAGGGCCUGGCUCCUGGCCCCUCUGCCCGCCCUCCCAGAACAGGAAAGCCAUGAUGAUUACAGACUCCAGCAGGCGUCCCCUGGCCCCAAGUACUCUGUCAUCUCCUUCCUUUUUUCCAUUAGCAGAACAGAAUCCUUUUCUUCUUUUUCUCCCUCCUUUCCGGAAUCAUCCUGGAACCUACAGGAUGAAGGGGGGUAAUGGAAGAGGGGGGAGGGUUUUGUUGGAAGGAAUGUCUCUCACUCUAGAACUGUGUGACUAGACCUUUCUCCCUCAUCCCUAUCUCCCAUGGUCCUGGCUGACCCUGGUUUUGCCUACCAGAAAUCAAAACUUCCUUCCCUGGGGGUUUGGUUCCCAUUCUCUGAGAAGUUGGGGCUCCUCAAGCCCUACUGUAGUCAUGUGCCACUCUUCCUGUCCUUCACAAUCCACAGGCAGACAAAUGGUACAGUCGUCAGACCCAGCUGUCAUGGACCUAUGCCUGGGGGUAACUGGAGAAGGGGCAGGGCUACCAGCUAUGGGCAAGCCCAAGCCAAAUAUAUGACUCUGAACAGGUGUCCAUGGGGCAAAAAAAAAAACCCAAACCGAUCAUCCUCUACUUGAUCAAGAAAAAAGCCAAUCAACCUUUCUAGAAGCACAAAGCAUUCUGCCCUGCACUGCCCAUCCAGCCUGCCUCACCUGCAGCCAAGGCCUGAAAUCUGGAAAGGAAGCUAUGCCUGCAGGGCAGGACGUCGAGGGGAGAGGGGAAGGAGGGUUUUAUAAACAAAUUUAUAGCAAUAUCAAGAGUGAAGGGAGGGAGGGGAAGAGGGUUGGAGGGGCAGAAGCUGGUCCCAGAAAGGGAAGCAACAGCUUAUAAGCAGUGGCUGAGAAACAGAAAACAGGUUUGGUUUUUUUGUUUUUUUUUUUUAAUGUAAAGUAUUUUGGAGGGGAGAGUCAAAUCUUUUAACAUUUUGAAUAAAUACAGAGUUUUAUAAAACAGGCCACUUCUUUACUACACACUCCCUGCUGUGUUGGGAAGGGCAGGAUAAACCCACACCUAUCAACCUGGUCACAACUAGGAAUUAGGUGAUGUCAGGAUGUUUGCCACAGUCAGCUGUUGAUAUAGCUGUUCCAUACAAAUCAAAAAAGUUGAUAUUUGCUUAGAUAUGUUUCAGGAAUCACUGGAUUUUUUUUUUUCAAUUAUGCUGCAUAAUACGAGAGACAUGGAAUGGAUCUUUUAACAUCCUAAUCCCAAACCAGGAUAGUACAUCUUUAGAAAUGCUUAUACUAAGUUUGCUGUUGUAUCAUUUUCAACAGCUGAUGUAAUUGAUUAAACAGUUUACUGCACAAUAACAAGACAACUUAUGCAUAUUAAUGUAGAUUUUCACAGGCCUUUGAGCAACCAAAUCAUACAGAGCUGACCUGUGUCCAAUAUGGUGGUCACUAGUGACAUGUGGCCAUUUACAUUUAAAUAAAAUUUGUAAGAAUUUUAACUUUCUUACACUAGCCACAUUUCAGGUCCUCAGUAGUCACAUAUGGCUAGUGCCUGUGGUAUUGGGCUAUACAAAUGUAAAAAUAUAUAGAACAUUUCUAUAAUUGCAGGAAGUUACAAUGGACAAUGUUGUUCUAUAUAGAAGCCCUAUAUAUGUAUAACAGGAAAGUUUUAUUAGUGCCAGGAGGAUUCUUACUGGAUGUCAGUGACUCUUAGAAAAAUGAAUAUGAUGUAAAAUAACUUAAAGUGUAUUCUAUAAUUCCCUCCCUCCUGCACUUGAACUUUUAGUUUUGAUGCAGGCACUAUGCUGAUUAGAAAUUGACUUAGAAGGGAAAAUCACACCUUUAAUUGUAUUUUCUUUGAAAAGAAGCUCUUCUGUGUCUGCUACUCUUAUCCCCAACCCCACCAAAAAAGUCCAUUUGGAUUAGAUUUACUGGAGUUUUUCCCUUUUGACAAUAUAGCAGGUUGAAGGUAUUCUGUUCUUAAUAGCUCUUGUGGAUUGAGACUUAAAAUGAACCAGGCAUUGUGCUGGCACUUUGUAGGCAAUAAUAGCUUGUUUAAUCCUGACAUCAGCCCUGUAAAGUGUGAAUUGAUGUACCUCAGUCCCUGAGAGUUCAAGUGACUUGCUUGAAGUCAAGUGCACAGGCUAGGCUGGAAUCUAAAUCAGCCCCCUCCUGAGCCCAGAACCUCAAUUCGUUUUCCUUGUAUUGCAUGUAAGAGUUAUAAAGCUCUGUCGGUACCUUACAUAUAUUAGAACAGUGUCAGACACAUACAUUGUGAUUGUAAGUCUUUAUUAUUGUGACUAUAUUUUUUUAUUCCCUAGAGUUAAUAAUGGUUUUCAUGUGCUUAGUUUUUUGGUAUAAGUAUCAUUAAUUCAGUGCCAAUGUCCAUUAGAAGUGUAAAUCUCUUUUUGUGUAUUCGAACAUACCAGGUACUCUCAAUUUUAUCUUUUCCCCAAUCCUCCUCCCACCUGGAUUAGUUAACCCCAAAACAAAUGUAAUCAUAGUGCUCCAUGUGGCUCAGCUAUAAGUAAUAUUGAUAAAGUCAAAAUAAUGUAAAUGUUCAAUAUUGUUUUGACCAAAAAGGAGAUGGAGAAGAAGUGUAUACGUAGGUGGGGCAAUCACUUAAAUUAUCUGAAACUAUAAAUAAAGAGAGUAUGUUAUGUAGAAAUACGCAGAUAGAUUCUAGGGAAAAGAUUUGGAAAUUAUUGCCACAAGAGAGAGUUGGGGGUAGGGAUAGAUGGGGUAAGUGACUUCUGUUCAUUGUCAUAAAUUCAGCAGAUAUUUUUUUCAAGUGCCUAUCUAUGCCAGACAUUGUAGGAAUUUGAUUAGAAACAAAUGUACAAAGAUCCCUGUCUCAUGAAGCUUAUAUUCUAAAUUAAGAGUUAAUAUUUUUAAAUUUUUCCAUUUUUAAAAAAUAGUAAGCAAAGAGCAAAGCACAGGGACUGGAAGAUGUACUAAAUAAAUCACUAUCAUAAUUUGCA